AUUAAAUGAGAUCACUCACAAGAAGGCUCAGUGCAGACCCUGAUGUGCAGUAGGUGCUCAAUAAAUAUUAGCCAGCAAAAAACAAAAAAAUCUCAGCUAGGAAAUUGCAGAACUGGGUUUCUGACUCUAACCUCAAUAUUCCUUGCCCCACAUCAAGCUGUUUCACUUCAAAUCCUCUCCAUUUCACAAUGGAGUCACCCUGGGCUGAAGGAAGGCUGCCCUAAGCAGCAAAGAGACAGCUUGGUCUCCAGUGACCUGAAAGAAUUAUUUAUUGCCCUGAGGUCCAGUGUACCAGUUGCCAAAGGGAAAAGCUUCCUUCCAACUGGCUCAGCAAGCUGACAGAGGAGGUGUCGGGUUCUUGCUGGGGCAGUCACGCAGAGCUGGGAUGACACGCAGAAGGCUGGCAGACCUAUCUCUGGGCAGAUGGAUCACCUGAUACAGAUGCUAGAGCCUGAGCCCUGGGAUUGGCCCAAAACAGGGCUGUGUUGACCCAACAGCUGAGCAUUGGCAUCCUGUCAAUCUGCCGAGAGCCUAGAAAUAGCAUGGGGCAGUCUGCUGGGUUCACUGUGUCAGAGGAAGCAACCAUGCAGGUGCUAACCAAGCGUUACCCCAAGAACUGCCUGCUGACCGUCAUGGACCGGUAUUCGGCCGAGGUGCACAACAUGGAGCAGGUGGUGAUGAUCCCCAGCCUUCUGCGGGACGUGCAGCUGAGUGGGCAUGGGGGCCAGGCCCAGGCUGAGGCCCCCGAUCUCUACACCUACUUCACCAUGCUCAAGGCCAUCUGUGUGGAUGUGGAACAUGGGCUGCUGCCGCGGGAGGAGUGGCAGGCCAAGGUGGCAGGCGGCGAAGCUGAGGAGGCUGAGAAUGGAACCGCAGAGACAGAGGAAGUCGAGGACGAGAGUGCCUCAGGACAGCUGAAACUGGAAGCCCAGUUCCACCUGCACUUCUCCAGCCUCCAUCACAUCCUUAUGCACCUUACCAAGAAAGCCCAGGAGGUGACAAGGAAAUACCAGGAAAUGACGGGGCAAGUUUGGUAGACCUUGGACACUAGGGAAGGUCCCUUCACAUGAUAAAAGGCAGACUCUGAUGAGGCCGGUGGAGCAGUUCACCAGCCGAUGAUGAGAGCAGAAAGGCCUAGACCUGCAGCCAGAAGUGAAGGCGGCUCACUUCUCUGGGAUGCUUCUCUAACUCCUGAGCACCAAUUCCUGGAUUCCAGUCACUGGCUCACCUUUAGAAUGUCUGUUGCUAUUAUUCACUGCUCCCCUCGCUCCUCUUACCAGCUUGGGGAGGUGACCAGGAGGGACUAGACAGUUACCUGUCCUGUGUGGUAUGGUGGGAAGAGCGUAGGUGUUGGCAUGUGACCAAAAUUCACAUCCCUCCUCAUGGCAGUCAUUCAGUGUGUGUACUUGUGCAAGUUAUUUAACCCAUUGGAGCCUAAAUUCCCUCAUCUAUAAAAUGGUGAUAAUAUUAUGUACCUCACAAGUUGAUGAAAACUAAACACGAUGAAUCAAAAGCACUUGGCAUGUGAGGGCUAUUAAAAUAGCCUGAUUUUUUUUUUCUCCCUCUUUCUCCUAUGUAUUUGCUCUGGCCCUUGCUUUUUACCCUCCAGAGCUAAGGGGUAGCAGACAGAGUCUCUUGGGAUGAGUGGUUCACCCUCUUUUACUUGGCGACCACUGAUGAGGCCAACAACAAGUGAACUAUAAACAUAUUUAUUGCAGAAGUAAUUAAAAAAAAAACCUUGUA